GGAGCCGCGUUACUUUUCUCUAUGGCCGCGAGUGAAAAAUGAUUUUUCACAAGUUUUCCAUUAUUUCUUUAGUAUUUACGUUAGUUCUUUAUACUUCAUUAUUUAUUAAAUCUUCAAAUGGCUCUAAAGCGGAAUAUGUAACAUGUGGGACGAUACUGAAACUGAUAAAUCCUGAUCUCCGACUUCGGCUACAUUCCCAUGAUGUGAAGUAUGGCUCAGGCUCUGGCCAGCAGUCUGUGACUGGUGUGGACGUAUCGGACGAUCACAACAGCCACUGGGCGGUGCGGCCCGCGACUGGCGAGACAUGUAAACGAGGUGCACCUAUAAAAUGCAACACAGUUAUAAGAUUACAACAUGUUGCAACAAAGAAGAAUCUGCAUUCGCAUUACUUCACAUCGCCCCUGUCGGGCAACCAAGAGGUGUCAUGUUACGGGGAUGAAAAUGGAGAGGGAGAUAGUGGAGACAACUGGACCGUAGUCUGCAACAAUGACUACUGGAGGAGAGAUACACCUGUGAAACUAAAGCAUGUUGACACUGCCACAUUCUUAGCUGGUUCAGGCCGCACCUUCGGCCGACCUAUCAGUGGCCAGGGAGAAAUAGUUGGCAUCAACUCACAGUAUGGAGCAUACACCGACUGGCAAGCCAAAGAGGGUCUCUUUGUGCACCCAAGUGAUCCGCUGCCACACCAAAAACACGCUGUACAUUCCGAGUUAUAGUUUGUGUUAGUGUAAAUGAACUUAUUUGUAAAGUGUGAUUAUGUUACUAUUAGUUUUACAAUUUGUGAUGUGAUAUCUACUGGAACAAUUCACUAACUUAUCAUGACAUUCUACAUGGUAUGAUGUCACUUUAAAUUUAACUAUCUUACUAUUGAAAAAGUGGUACUGAACAUCAUGUCACAACUGUAUGAGUAAAAUUAUAUUCCAGUGUCACUGCA